ACUGCGUUGUUUACUCACGCACAUUGUAGGCUACGACAUAGUUUCUAACUCCAUUCCUCGAGUAGGUGCAUGGAGUUUCCCUGUCUGGGCAGUCGGAAGGGUGUAACGACCUAACUGCCUUACCUGGUUUAUUAGUCUAUCGACUUAGCACAGGUAUUCACUGUACGUCAAAAUAGCUAUAGUGAUAGGUGGACAGCUCGGUCCUGUGAGGACUAAACUUGGAGGGUGGAGAAAAGUAAACAUGGCAAAGCCAGUGCUCGACGUUUCAAACCCGACGAGGGAGAACUUCGCGGAAAUGAAAUCAAGAGGGAUUACCUGCGCGAGUUUGUCAACUUCUGCCUACGUGACUCUUGCAUGGGACUCGGUCACACCUUAGUGAGCAGAAUGGAAAGGGCAUUUGAGGUCACCACCACAUUACAGUCAACAUUAUCUCUUCUGAAAAAGUAAUUUUGGAAUAUUUCAGUCUUGAAUUUUCUUUGAUCAUCUCUGUUACUCAUCGGCAUGUGACACAAAAGAUGUCUAGAUGGCAUGUGGUCUGCAAGAUUCCAUUUGCAUGUUUGGUCACAAUGACUACAGUAAUGUGCUUAGCAACAAAGGUUGCUGCAUGCCCGACUCCAUGCCAGUGCACACAGACCUACUUUGUGUAUUGCCAGAACAUCAGUCUCAGCAGUGAGAGUUUAGCUGAUGUCACCAGUGUUGUGCCUCAGGAAGCCAUUCUGUUGGAUGUAGGUUUCAAUAAUGUGGAUAUCCUUAGUUCCGGUCUUUUGGAAAGGCUGUCUAAUCUGGAGUACUUAAACCUUGCCAACAACAGGAUCAGCAAGAUAGGACUUGGAAUGUUCAGUAACCUGCAACAGUUGAAGGACCUAAACUUACAGCACAAUCACUUGAAAGAGGUAGGAAGGGGUAUUUUUAUCAAUAUGUCAAGGCUAAAAAAGUUGAAUUUAGGAGGAAAUCGACUCACUGCUAUUCAAGAACAUGCAUUCAGCUUGUCUGGUCUGCAACAGCUCUACCUUCAGGAGAAUGGUCUGACAGCUCUCAGACCAUCACAACUUGCAGGAUUACCCUUGUUGGAAUAUUUGGAUUUGUCAGAUAAUCUGAUACAGACCAUUGAAGGAGGAUCAUUUAAAGAUUUAAUAGUGUUAAAAAAACUAAAGCUUUCCAACAACAGACUUUCUUCACUAGCAGAGAAUGUAUUUGAAGGUUUGUCCUCUUUGAAAGAGUUGUUCCUAGACAGAAACACACUGCCUUCACUGGACUGUUUUGGUGUGCCCAAUUUUGCAGCAAAUUUGCACCUUCUGGAUCUUGCAAACAAUUCUUUAAUAUCAAUCCCUGCUGAUAUUUUCCCUCAACUCAGGAAUCUCAAGACCAUUCAGUUGAAUCAUAAUCAUAUUUCUCACAUUGGGCAGCAAGCUUUCAAAGAUCUUCAGUUAGAUAGGCUAAACUUGGCAUACAAUUUCCUGGAGACAAUUGAUCGAGAAAUGUUAAAUGGUGCUCGAAGAAUUUCUUCAAUAAAUUUGAGCCAUAAUCAUAUACAUACCAUAAAAACAGGUGUGUUUGACAAUUUUCGAGGAUCUGUAUAUGUGCUGAACAUGGCUGGUAAUAAUCUCACAAGCAUUCAUUUUGGAAUGUUUCGGGGAAUGCAAAACUUACAAACCUUAAAUCUCUCACAUAAUUCUCUUGGGAGUAUUCUUGAUAAAUCUUUUGAGGAUCUUGUUCGUUUAACAGAGCUGUGGCUUGAUAACAACAAGCUUCAGUGGUUUUCAGCAGACUUGCUGAAGGGAACAUCCAUGCGGACUCUUAGUGUCAUUGAAAAUCCAGUCACAGAGCUGCGAGGGUUCAGCUUUGAGGACUCCACUGACGCCAUCAGCAUCUUGGUGAACUUGACAGUGACAUUUGUGGCACAAACAUCAAUCACUGUAUCAUGGCCAUACAAAGAGGGCUCUCAGCUGUACUGGACAUUACAGGUGUGGUGUGUGUCAGAAACUGGUCAGGAGGCUUCCAAGUGUAGCAGGCCAAUUCAAGAAGAAAAUCUCCCCACCUAUAAGACAUCAGAGACCAUAAGUGGCCUUCAGCCUGGUACACAGUAUUUUGUUUGUGUGAAUCCUGUUUUUCUUGCCAAAGAUGUGCUCAUUUCACAGUGUGUGCUGGUCUCCACUCUGUCCAUAUCUACAUCAACAUCAUCUCCUGUUGGAACUGCUAAAUCACAGUCCAGUUCUGUCACAGUGGGGCACCAGUAUGAUGUUGAGCUGCAAAGGUAUAUUCUGGCUGUUCUGCUUUCAUUAUGGAUAAAUAUGGUGCAAUGUUUAUGAUUUCCAAUUGUUAUUUAUCCCACAAAAAUUUUGUUUCAUUAAAUCUUCAAGGAGUGUUUAUGUGGGCAAGAGACACACAGUGAGCAAAGCACUGAAUUGGACAGGAUUUUCCUGUAAUAAGUAAUAAUCAUAUUAGCUUUUUUAAAGUAACCUUAGUUCGUAGAAUCUUGACAAUUUUAAAAAUCUUUCAUGAUUCAUGUCUUGUUUCUGUUAAUAUCAUGGGAUAUUAGUUAUAAUGAAGGAACAUUGAGCAUUUUUUAUAAAGAGUGUAAAAGAGAUGAUAUGGAAAAUUUCUUGUUUUUGCGAGAGAAAUAAUGUAUAAAAGUUUUUUAAUAUUGGUCAGAACUGAUCAAGAAAGUUAGAUGGUAUGCUGAACUAUAGAAACAGAGUUAUAUAAGUUGUUUACUCUCAUUUGAAUUCAUCUUGGAUUUAUUGUGCAACUGUUUUGAACCAAGUUUAUAAAAACAUCUCUGGUAACCAAAUGAUGGCAUCAUAAAUGAUGAGUUUUUGACUAUGACUUGCACAAUAUGUGAGUAAACAGCUGAACUGGAAGAAGGACUACACUUGCAUAAUAGAGCUUUGUUUGUGAUGUAAUGAGGUGUGUAGAUGUUAUGAUUUAGGUGAGGUGUAUCAUUAGUUAAAACAAACAAAAGGUAAACUGUAUGCAGUAUGUUCUAGCAUCAGAAGUGUUUUCAAAAAGCUCAAAUUCUGAUAUCUCAUUCUCUUGGGUACUUUCAUUUUGUUACAUUAGUAAAGUGGAGAGUAUGACAUCUUUUAAAAUAAAAAAUGCUGUGCAAGAAAAGAAUACCUACUUAAUCGACCAAAAAAUGUUUACAGUGCUGCAAAUUAAGGAAGAACGAAAAUGAUUCUAAUAAUAAUUUGCUUUCUCCUUAGAUUUACAUUAUUAGUAGAAUGCUUUUUUUUAGGUUGGUGCCUUUUGUUUUUUUGCAAUAAGUAUAAUUGAUUAUGCUUGCUUUAUUUUGAUAAAUGAUGGGUAGAUUAGUGUAAUUAUAUUUAUACGCUUAAAGUUAAGCAUAUUAUAGAGUUAUCAGCAACAGUCAGAAGUCUUGACCUUAUAAACUAAAAUAUUCCAUGAUGGUGUCCGUGCAUACAGUAAGUGUGCAAAUGGACAUGCUGGUCAGUCAAUCAGUCACUUAUGUUAAAUUGAACAUACUAUAAAGAAAUAUUUAUGUAAUAUAAAUAACACUUUGCAUAAUUGUUACUGGGACAAAUGUUGCUUUGUCCUAGUAGAUGUCAUCUUAAAUUUAACCUGCAGUAACCUUGCAGAGGUGAUAUUUCAACUGCUGAUAUAAUACAUUAUCUUCACACUAGGUGCCAUAUCAAAAUCAUUUACAGAUACUACAAAUCAGUAUUACCUGUAGCACAAGAUCUAUUGCUGUUCGGUGAACCGUGGUGUUUGAAUAGAUGACCUACUUAAAUCUUUCUCCUGUUCCCACCCUUUCAAGUUGUAUUUUCCCAUUUCUUUUAACAGCACUUCUCUUUUGAAAUUCUUCUUCAUUCAGUCUGAGACCUUUAGUAAUAUCCAUGUAUGGUUUCAACAAACAUUCUACAACUGCCAUAGGCAGAUACCACCCAGCGAGCAAUUGCCAGGUAAAU